AUGGAUCGAGGAGAAGAUGAUUCGCUUGAGACUUACAGCGAUGCAAAGACCAUAACAUCCAAGUUUGUGCGACACCAGGCCUUUCAGACCCAUCAAUGGGAGGAACUCGAAAAGACCACCGAAGAUCUGAGCCAACCACAAAUUGUGCUAAACUGGACAGAAAGGAUUAUCCAAGAAGGUCAAAAAAACUUCUACUCAAAUCUAGCAUUUGCUCGUGCGGUUGCACUAUGUAACCAUCGACACACCUGUUUCUUUGAAGUCCAUCUUACUGGGACCCAGCCUGUGACUGGCCAAAUCAAAGGCGCUCAGUUUCAGAACGUACCUUCUGAAAAGUAA